AUGAGUGGAUCGAUUGUGAGGGCAUUGAAUUGGGAUAAUGGUGGGUAUGAACAACAGUUUUUAGCCAUCAAUCCCAUUGGAGAUGAAGUAUUGUUAUAUCAGACUAAUCAUGAAGAUCCUGGAACCGAAUCUAACGAUUUAAUAAAGAUUAACAGUAGGUCUGGAUUUGAAAACAUACAAUGUUCAUCAUAUUCAUUAAUCAAUAAAGGCCUUACUGGUGUUGGAUCUAUCACUGGUAAUAUUUCAAUCUUUGACAUUAAUUCAAAUACAUCAUCGAUUUUGAAGUUACGACCAAAGCAAAAUAGACCGUGUAACUCUAUUUCAUUUAAUAAUAGUAACUUAAUUGUUGCUGGGUUCGACAAAGGAAGACAAGAUAAUUCGUUACAGAUAUGGAACAUAGAACAUUACUCCCGUAGCAGCACCAAUAAUCAUAUCAAACGUCCAGCAGUUUCAUACUUGCCUAAUGAAGCUGUGCUUUCAGCUAUAUUUUAUCCUGAUCGUGAAAGCAGUAUACUAUGUGGAUCUUACAAGUUUUUGAGAGAAAUAGAUUUAAGAGUUGAUCAGCCUACUUUUCAAAUGGCUACAAAAUGCACUCUUGGUUUGACUGUGGAUCAUUUUCAAAAUCAUUUAUUUCAAUCUUUCAGUGAGGAUGGAUCUUUGGCAAUAUGGGAUAGAAGAAAGUUAACUACUUCAAAUUCCGCUAAGGGUAAAUCUUCAUUAUCUUCAGGUAAUGUCAUAACAGAAACACCUGUUUUGCAAUUCACUAAAUUGUUAAGUGAUAUAUCAUCAAGAAAAAAUCAAAAUCCAUGUGUCAGAUAUUCUACAAUUAGACGAGGAGAGUUUUCGGCAGUCUUCAAUGGAGACUUGAUAAGAAGAUGGCACACAGGAAUUGUACCCGGCGGAACAUUCAGUGGAGAUAGCGAUGUGGAUGGUAAAUCCAAGAAAGAGGAAAACAUCGUUCAAAGUUUGAAACAACAAUCUAUGCAACUUUACAAAGGAGGAGAAGAGUCCCUCUUUGUUUCGAUGGUUCUUGAUGUGAAGACAGAUUUUGAGAGAGUUGUAUCAUUCGACUAUUCUCCAGAUAUAAUUUCAAAUACUUCAACGAAUUUUGUUUGUAUGAGGCAAUCUGGUUCAGUGUUUAGAAUGCCGGUAGAAGAAUGUAUAGAGGCAUUAGAUUUCAACUCGUUAAACGAAUUCUCAAUCGCAGGACCAGAAGGGACCACGACAAAGUUCUUGCCAAUAGAAUUGCGUGAAGGCAUGUCGGGACAACUUGCAGUAGCAGCAGCUGCUGCUAAUGGAAAUUUCUCAAAAAAUGGAACUAAUGCUUUAAGGAAUCUUAAUUUAAACGAUGAUCUCAGGAAGUAUAGUGAAGGUGAACUUUCAGAAGAUUUAGAUUCUGCCAUGGAUGACGAUAGUAUAAUAGCUAAAAAUGGAAAUGAUGGUGCUUUAGCGAGAUAUGGUCAACGAGACGAAUUUGAAGAUUAUCUUCCCAUGAAUUCGUUGCUUGAUUCUUCAGAUGUAAUUAGCAACGAUGUAUGUACUGCAAUUAGGAGACGUGCAGAAAUGGGAUAUGGUGUGGAUUUUGAUGAGAAUGUGAGAGUUUUAGAACUGCUUAAUGCUCUUGACAAUCAAUUAUUCUUGAGAAAUACAUGGAAAUGGUUGAGUCUAGCAAAGAAGUCACUUGAUAAAGGAACCAUGAUUUCAGAAGGAAUAGACCUUGGAUACCAGGGUGUAUUAGGUAUCUGGAAGGGUGUUGAUGAAUUAAGCGGUCAAAAUCGGAGUGCUCCUGAUUCAGGUCCCAUUACUGAUGUUUGGUUUUCCCAAGCUGUUAAGUCCAUUGUUGCUUCAAAGGGUAAGAAAACUGCUGGAAUAAACAUUUCAAGUAGCAGUGAACGAAAAGUUCAAAGAAAACUCUGCUUGAUAGUAUCAGGAUGGUAUUUAGCAGACAAUGAAUUUGAAGAAAAGUUAGACGUUUUGGUUUCCCUAGGAUUUUAUGAAAAAGCUGCUGGAUGGGCUGUAUUCCAUGGAGAUGUAACUAAAGCUAUUGAGAUAUUGGGAAAUUCCAAGAAAGAAAGGUUGCGGCUUAUGUCAACAGCAGUAGCUGGUUAUUUAGCAUACAAGAACUCCAACGUAAAUAGUCCUUGGAAAGAUCAAUGUCGUAGGAUGGCAUCAGAACUUGAUGAUCCUUAUCUUCGUGCAAUUUUUGCUUUCAUAGCGGAUAAUGAUUGGUGGGAUGUGUUAGAUGAACAUGCUUUACCUUUAAGAGAGAGAUUAGGAGUUGCUUUGAGAUUCUUAUCUGAUAAAGAUUUGAAUGUCUAUUUGAAUCGAAUUGCUGAUUCUGUUGUUGCUAAGGGUGAAUUAGAAGGAUUGAUAUUAACUGGUUUGACACCAAGAGGAAUUGAUUUACUUCAAAGCUAUGUCAAUAGAACUAGUGACGUACAAACUGCAGCUUUGAUUUCAGCUUUCGCAUGUCCUAGAUACUUUUCUGAUGAUAGAAUCAAACACUGGAUCGAUUGCUAUAGAAGUCUUCUUAAUAGUUGGGGAUUAUUUCGGACAAGAGCAAAGUUUGACGUUGCAAGAACAAAGCUAUCAAAGAAUUUUGCAGGAAAUGCUACUAUCAAAGCUGCUCCAAAGCAAGUUUACUUGCAAUGUUCAAGAUGUAAUAAAAAUCUUUCUAAGCCAAAGACAAAUAAUAUGGGUCAAGUAGGUAAUACCCAUAUCUUAUUGAAGCAAUUCAAUAAGUUAAAGCAACCAUCGAAAGGUACAAUAAAUGCAUGUACACAUUGUGGUGCUCCAUUACCAAGAUGUUCCAUAUGUCUUUUAUCACUUGGAGCUCCACUUCCUCAUGAUUCUAUUGAAGAUCCAACCGAUUCAAUUAUAAAAUCAAAAAUAGAAAAUAAGUUCAAAGAGUGGUUCAGCUUCUGUUUAAGUUUUCCAAACAUGUCUGAACGAAAGAAUAAUGCCAUCCAUGAAAUUGGAGCAAAAAUCGAACGAGAACGAAAAGUUCUCCAAGGUCUUCAAACUUUAAAGAAGAAUACCAAUAAUCCAGAAGUUAUUCAAAGAUGUAAUACUAGAAUUCUCGAAACUCAAUCCAAUGUCGACUUUCUUGAAGAAAAUUUAUUGAAAUUAACCAUGCAUGCUGAUGGAGAAAAUUUCCCUGAUAACAACAAUAAUAGUAAUGGACCUCGUCCAGUGUAUUCAAGAUUUGAUUUGAUUAAAUAUGAUUGUCCUUCAUUAGGACAUAAAAUUCAGCAUAUGUUACAACAAUUACAAUUCAAAUUACAAGUGGAAAAUCAAUAUCGUGAAGCAAAUCAGAAAAUACAUCAAUUAUAUUUAAUGGAUGGAGAUAAAUCCUCCAUAAUUGCUGCUGAAGGUGGUAAAGUUGAAAGUGACCAAAAAAUUCAAUUAUUAAAUAAAGCUUUAAGAAAAUAUCAAAAUAUCCAUAUCGAUCUUGAAGAUUUAACUAGAGACUUUGAAAUAAUGUCUACUCCUAAACAUGCAAGAAAACCAUUGACAGGUAAAUUGACUAUUAAUAUCACUUGUAUUAGAGAUGUUGAUCAUGUUGCAUCACCAAUGUUCAAUAAGAAACCAGAAUCCAUUGUAAUAAUUAAAGUUGAUGAUGUUGAAAAGGCAAGAUCAAAACCUUCAAGAACUGAUAAGUGGAAUGAAGAACUCUCAUUUGAUGUUGAUAAAGGUAAUGAAUUUGAAUUGUCUGUGUUUGAUAAAUCAGGAAAUAUGUGGAUACCAGUAGCCAUAAAUUGGGCUUUACUUUCAGAUAUUACAGAAGAAAUCCGUAAAAAGAAAGUUGCAGAAGAAUUAGGUUCUAGUGGAUGGAUAACUGCUUCUAAUUUAUCACAAGUACCAAAUACAGCUGGAACAUUACCUGAUUCCGAAAGAAGUGAUUUCCCAAGUUCUGCAAACACUUUAGGUGACCAUGGUGCUACAUUUAACUCUGGUUCAUCGGGUGUAGCUGGUCAAGAUGGUCAAAAAAUUCAAAUCAACUCUUGGUUAAGUUUAGAACCAGUUGGUCAAAUCUUAGUAUCCAUUAAUUUUGAAAAGACAAACGUCGAAAAGAGUGGUCAAUUUAUGGGUGGUCUUGGACGUCAUGGUGCCAUUCGUAAGAAGAAAGAAGAAGUCUAUGAACAGCAAGGGCAUCAAUUUGUUCAAAAACAAUUUUACAAUAUUAUGUGUUGUGCUCUUUGUGGAGAGUUUUUACGUUAUUCGGGAUACCAAUGUCAAGAUUGUAAGCUUUUAUGUCAUAAGAAGUGUUAUCAAAAGGUUGUUUCUAAAUGUAUCUCCAAAUCUAGUAAUGAUUUGGAUGAUGCAACUAAAUUGAAUCAUCGUAUUCCACAUAGAUUUGAACAGGUUGCAAAUCGUGGUACAAAAUGGUGUUGCCAUUGCGGUUAUAUCUUACCUUGGGGCCGUAAGAAUGUUCGUAAAUGUGUGGAAUGUGGUAUAAUGUGUCAUGCCCAUUGUACUCAUUUGGUUCCUGAUCUAUGUGGUAUGUCUAUGGAAUUGGCAAAUAAGGUAGUAAUGACAAUCAAAUCAACACCUAAACCAACACCAAGGGUGCCAAAAGCUAUAUCCCAUGAAGCUAUUAAUCGUUUAUCAAAUAGAACGGCCACAGGUUCUGAAGUAGAAAAGACCUUAACCAAUCUCUCAGAUGAUGAAGGAAAGCAAGAGUAUGAAAGCAAAUUACCAACCCAAACUACUAAUACAUUCCAAGAACCAAUUCAACAUCCUUAUUCUAAUGUUCUUAAUAGACGUCCACCACCUCAAGAAGUGCAAGUUCAACAACCAUAUGAAGAUAGAAACAUUCCAAAUGUUCAUGUCCAAGCAGAUGGUAGUUUGAAACCAUCUAACGAUUUUAAUAAUUUCGAUUAUCAUAAUUAUCAAUCGGACCAAGUUCCUAGUGAAGUAGAGGUGCAACAUUCUGAAGAAGUUCAAAGAAAAGUAUACGAAGAAGCACAUUUACAACAACAGCAACAAUACUCUGGUGAUGUACAAGCCCAGGAACAAUCAAAAUCAAAGCCAAGACGUCGUAGAAGAAGAGUUGGAUUAGAUGAUUUCCAAUUCUUAGCUGUGAUUGGUAAAGGUAAUUUCGGUAAAGUUAUGUUAGCUCAAUCAAGACAAACCCAAAGUUUAUGUGCCAUUAAGGUGUUAAAGAAAGAGCAAAUUAUUCAAGAUGAAGCAGCUAAUGAUGUUAAAUCUGAAAAGAGGGUGUUCUUGACUGUUAACAAGGAAAGACAUCCGUUUUUAUUAAAUUUACAUUGUUGUUUCCAAACUGAAAAUAGAAUUUAUUUCGUUAUGGAAUAUAUAUCCGGUGGUGAUUUAAUGUUCCAUGUUCAAAAUGGUAAAUUACAUCCAAAGAGAGCUAAAUUUUAUGCUUGUGAAAUCUUGUUAGGAUUAAAAUAUUUCCAUGAUAAUGGUAUUGUUUAUCGUGAUUUGAAAUUAGAAAAUAUUUUAUUGACUAGUAAAGGUCAUAUUAAGAUUGGUGAUUAUGGUUUAUGUAAAGAAAAUAUGGGUUAUGGUCAAACCACAGGAUCAUUCUGUGGUACACCAGAGUUUAUGGCUCCAGAAAUUGUUUCAGCUAAACCGUACGAUAGAAGUGUUGAUUGGUGGGCAUUUGGGGUAUUAUUUUUCCAAAUGUUAUUACGUACAUCACCAUUUAAAGGGGAAGAUGAAGAAGAAGUGUUCAAUGCUAUUACUAAUGAUGAUGUCAAAUAUCCAAUUUAUUUAUCUAGACAAACCGUUUUAGUUUUACAAGGGUUAUUAACCAAAGAUCCAAGUCAACGUCUUGGUAGUGGAGAAAGAGAUGCCUUAGAAAUCAUGGAACAUGAAUAUUUUAGUGAUGUUAACUUUGAUGAUGUUUUGAAUAUGAGAAUUCCUGUUCCAUUUUUACCGGAAUUAAAUAGUGAACUUGAUUACAGUAAUUUUGAUAAAGAAUUUACUUCCGAAACUCCAAGAUUAACUCCAGUUGAUGCUGUUCUUGGUGCUGAAGUACAAGAACAAUUUAGAGGAUUCUCUCAUAUAUCGGAAAGUGCAGCUAUUUAG